AUGAGAACAUGGGAUCAGCCCUCAUUGAUCUUGAGUAUGGAGGAGGAGGAGGAGGAGAAUGCUUUGCUUUCUAGUCUUCCGGGCAGAGAGCUUCAGAUUCUUGAGCUCUUGGAUGUGUUGGGUCCGGUGAAUUCUCCCAUGCUUCCACUUUUCAUUUAUGGUGAUGCAUCAACCGGAAAAACAAGUUGCAUUCUUCAAAUCUUCAGGUAUCUAAAGCGACCUUUCGUUUAUGCAAGUUGCCGUACUUGUUAUACCCCGCGACUGCUAUUUAGGAGUAUAUUGAAUCAGUUGGCGCAUCAUGCCGGUAAUGGUGGUUAUGUGAAUGCUAAGCAGCGUUGCCAAAGACCUGCUGAUUUUGUUAAUUCUCUUCGAAAUGGGUUGACUAGUUUCAUAAACAAAUUGGAGGAUGGGAACGAGAAAUGCUGCAAUGGUACGAUGAUUUAUUUCGUAUUUGACAGUAUAGAACUUGUGCGCAAACGGGACAAACAUUUGGAAAUAACUUCAAUGUUGUUUAAGCUAUAUGAAAUCUUGAAAAUGCCUGAAGUGGGUUUGAUUUUUAUUAGUAGUGCCUCGCUUGGUAUGUAUCACAUAGACACUGGUUUUGUUGAACCAAUGCAGGUUCAUUUCCCUGGUUAUAAACAAGAAGAGCUUUUCAGGAUCUUCAAGGAAAACCAUGCAAACCAGAACCCUCUGUACGAAACCUUCCUUAAGGAUGCUGCAGUUUUGAGUUCUUUUUUUAAAGUGACAAAUCGAGUGGAUGAAUUAUGGAAUGCAUUCGCCCCCUUAUUUCAAAAGUAUUGUGAACCUCUACGUGUUACAGGGUUAGUUCCCACUGAAGAUAAAGCACAAAAGUUGAACUUGUAUUCGCGAUUCAAACACAACGUAUUUCCGGCUCUUAACGAGAUGUUCAAGGUCCCAUCUUAUCCGAAUUCAGUUGAAAUUCAAGAAAACAAAGUGAAAAUCAAGACAAAGUUGGCAGAUGCAGACAAGAUUGAGUUCCAUAUGCCCGUGUCGACGAAGUUGCUUCUUAUUUCCUCGUUCCUUGCUUCAUGGAAUCCAGCUACUGAUGAUGUACCACUCUUUGAUUCCUUCGGUGGUGGUGAAAACCGAAAGCGCAAGAGAAAGGUGUCUGAGACAUCCAAGCUGAAAAAAGAAAAUGCAGCACAAAAGUUGAUCAUGAAAGGACCUAAAACUUUCUCAUUGGAAAGAUUGUGUGUUUUUGUAGCUAAAUCGCUCAAGAACGAAGGGAAAAUUGAAGACGAAAAUGUCUUUGAUAGGGCUGAAGUUGGCGGGGCUGAUGUUUUGUUGCAGUUAUCCACUCUAUGCAAUGCUAAUUUUCUUUCUAAAGGCGGAAACUGUCCUCUGGAGGGAUCAACUUGGUUUCGAUGUACAGUUAGUGAAGAAUUUGUUAUGCAGGUUGCAAAAAGUGUGCCAUUCCCGUUACUGAGAUACCUGCAUAAAACAUAA